UCCUCACAUGAACUCUCCAACCAUUUUAUAUUCUCUCUUUGUGUGCGCGCGCGUUCCUUAGAGAGAUGGCAGCCGCCAUGAAAGUUGUAUGCAUGAUGCUUCUUGUUGCCAUAUUUCAUAAACACCAUGCCCAUGGCGCAAUAUCAGCAGAUACACAAAAACUUAUCGAUGAAGCCAACAUGAACGGACCUUACUUAGGCUUGCUCAUUCCAAACCUUUUCGAAAUGAACCCUCUUCUUCAACAUCCAAACUAUACUUCCACCAACUUCACCAUUGAUAUUGCUGGAAGGAGAUUUCGGUUCGGGAAAAUUGUUGAGAAAAAUGUUAUAUUAGUCAUGACGGGACUGAGCAUGAUAAAUGCAGGAAUAACGAGUCAGCUACUGUUAACUCUAUUCAAAAUCGAAGGAGUUGUCCAUUAUGGAAUAGCUGGAAAUGCCAACCCCUCCUUACACAUUGGCUUUGUCACUAUUCCUCAAUAUUGGUCACACUCUGCCCUUUGGAGUUGGCAGAGAUAUGGAUAUGGACCCUCUGACGAGCUCCCCCUUGAACCAAAUGGAGACUAUACAAGAAACAUCGGCUACAUAAAAUUUGCAGAUUAUGCCGAAAAUGUGACUGCCUGUAACUCACACGACAACCUAUUGAACAAUGUUUGGUUCCAACCGGAGGAAGUCUUCCCCGUUGACGGUACUCCCGAGCAACGGCAACACGCCUUUUGGAUCCCUGUCGAUCCUCUUUAUUUCAAUAUUUCUAAAUCUCUUGAGGACAUGGAACUAGAGAACUGCGUAAACGCAACGACAUGUUUGGACGAGACACCGAGAGUAGUCCAAGUCCACCGAGGAACAAGCGCAGGCAUUUACGUAGACAACGCUGCUUAUCGAAGCUUCAUUUACAAAAAGUUCAACGUAAGCCCGGUCGACAUGGAGAGUGCAGCAGUGGCACUGAUAUGUAUGCAACAAAGGGUUCCUUUUAUCAUCAUUAGGGCUCUCUCCGACUUGGCCGGUGGUGGCUCGGCUGAAUCGAAUGAGAUCGAUACUUUCAUUUCCCUUGCUUCAAACAAUUCGGUUAAUGUUGUUGUGGAGUUUAUCAAGCGCCUUGUCAGUGACCAUUAAUGUAGUAUCCGUAUGUGGCCAAAAAAUUCUAAAAACUUAAAUAAAGAGAUGCUCUGAAAUGAUCUCAAAUCAUGUUCAGAAUUUCCCA